AUGACGAAAUCUGAACUUGAAUUGUUAACUGAUCCUGAUAUGGUUUUACGUAUACGUGGUGGAUUAUCACAAUGCUCGAAUAGAUAUGGAAAAGCCAAUAACAGAUUUAUGGAAGAAUAUGAUUCAUCCAAACCAGAGUCUUAUUUAAUGUAUUUUGAUGUUAACAAUUUAUACGGUGAGGCGAUGUCACGAAUGUUACCAACUCAUGAUUUUGAAUGGGAUAAUGAUUUUGAGGAAACACUUAUAACUUUAAUUUCAAAUGAAUCAAAUAUAGGUUACAUAAUUGAAGUGGAUUUAGAAUAUCCAUCAUAUCUGCAUGAACAACAUAAAGAUUUACCAUUAGCUCCAGUUCAUGAAAAAACUCCAUUACCUACUAGUAAAUGUAAAAAAUUAUUAGCUACGUUGAAUCCAAAACAAACAUAUGUUGUUCAUUAUCAAAGUUUGAAACAAUACUUAUCUUUAGGUAUGAAAUUAAUAAAAAUCCAUAGAGCUUUAAGAUUUGAACGAAGUGCUUGGUUAAAACCAUACAUAAAUUUGAAUACUGAAUUACGUCAACAAGCUAAAAAUGAAUUCGAAAAAUCCUUUUUCAAAUUAAUGAAUAACGCAAUCUAUGGAAAAACAAUGGAAUGUGUAAGAAAUCAUAAAGAAAUUAAAUCGGUUAGCAAAUAUGAGGGACGUUGGGGAGCUCGAAGUCGUAUUUCAAAACCGCAUUUUGCUUCGUCAAAAAUAAUUGAUGAUUUGAAAAAAUUUAAUGAAAAUGCAAAAUAUCUUUAUGGUGAUACGGAUUCAUGUAUUUAUCAAUUUACCAUACCUAAUAUUUAUGAUCAUAUUAAAGAAGAUAUUUAUAAGUUUAAUACAUCUGAUUAUAAAGUAGAUAAUCAGUAUGGUAUACCGUUAGCUAAUAAGAAAGUCGUCGGAUUAAUGAAAGAUGAAAAUAAUGGUAAUAUAAUGACUGAAUUUAUAGGAUUAAGGAGUAAGCUAAAUAGUUAUAAAGUAAGAAUAGAAUCAGAAGCAAGAGAUAAAACUCAUUCUAGAGCGAAAGGUGUUAAAAAAUCAGCAAUGAAAAAAAUUAUAUUCGAUGAUUAUAAAAGAUGUCUUUAG